AUGAAGACCGCUGGAAUUUGGUUCAUAUCGCUACUCAUUCACGGAUUGGUGGGCAACCCCGAUAAAGUGACCGAAAUAACAUUGGAACACUUUUCACUUCGACCUAUUCACGAGGAUCAAGUCUACAGUUUUACCUAUGAAAUGAAACCUACCGUAGUUGGCGGUGUCGAAUGGGGCUCAACGACGAGAUCACUUACAGUUUCCACAUUGGUCGGCAAGGCUAAGGGUCGGCCCGAUCGAAUAGUAUUGCGCAAUACUGGGGAGAAACCUUUACAGUACUGGUUAAAGCUUCCUAAAACAGAUGAAUGGACCCCAGUGCAAACUCUUCCAGUUUUAGAAAAACACCACCUGCACCCUGAUAUUCAAGAAGUGCAAAUCAACGUCAGAGAAUUAUUAACAGAGCCGGGCCAGGUGCAACUGCCGCCAAACCCGCCACUCUCCACAUACGCAGGCUGGAGUGGGUUCGAGUUUUAA